AUGGGCGGUCGGACAGCCGCCCAGCCGUCGCUCCUACGGAUCGUCGUCGUCGGCGGCGGCGGCGUCGGCAAGUCUGCCAUCACCAUCCAGUUCAUCCAGGUUUUUCUUUUGGUCCUGAUUAAUGAUUAAUUGCAAAUGCGCUCUAACGAACUGUAUGUUCUAGAUCGAAGAUGGCAGUGAAUGGACUAUGAUUAAGUUUUGAGCUAUUUCCAUCAAAAUUUCGAAAAAAAACAACACUGGCUGCGAUUUCACUGUACUUCUUCUUGUCCAGUCACGGAUUCAAAUCGAAACCACAAAAAACUUCAGUUUGAACGGAACUUUAGCUGCCUCUGCAUGAAUGAAUAGACGGAAAAGUUUUCGGUUGAAUGUUGGACGCAAAAGGUGUUGCGCCAUGGCUUUUGAUGUCGCUGCAGGAAGGUGUCCGCUUACACUUCUUCUUGGUUUCAAAAUGUCCCUUUUUCGUUUGGUGAAACGUGAGCGUUUGGAUUAGAAGUUUGCGGGAGUAUUCAAAUGGAAAGAUGAAACGGAAUCACGGAAAAAAACUGAAGAAUUUUUUAACAUAGACAAAGAAAUUUAUCAAAAUGACAUAAAGAUUGUGAAAAAAACUGCAGAAAAACAUUUAUUGUCCGCUCAAAAUUCGCGAAAAAAAUUGAGUUAAAAAAAUCGAGAAAAAAAGUUUUUUUCUGUUUAUUAAAAUAACGCGUAAAAAAAUGCUAUUAGGCUUGAGAAUUUUUUUGAAAAGAGUAUAUUUUACUCCAAAAACAUCAAAAAGGAUCUCAAAAACACAAUCUUGAAUAAAAUAAAAAGAAAAAUUAAAAUAAAGUUUUUUUCAUUUUAGAGAGCAUGUAAAUAUGCGCGUUGAUGUUUACGGACUAAACGUACCAAAGUUUGGCGCGCUUCGCGGAAAUUGCUUCUUUUGAAUUUUAUGCUCUUUUCUUGAUAAAGUUAAUCAUUUUUCAGCGCUUCUUCGUGCAAGACUAUGAUCCGACCAUCGAAGAUUCCUACACGAAGCAAUGUUUUGUCGACGAGGACAUGUGCAAGCUGGAAAGUUGGUUUUUUUCAAAUUUUUUUGAAUAUUGAAAGUUUUUUUCUUUUUUUCUUUCUUGUCAUUUCAAGUCUGCAUCAUAUGCUUCCAGUCGUAAGAUUUUUUUAUUUUUCAGUAUAAUAUAUUGAUUUCUUCACAGUUUCUCGCUUAAAUAUUUCUCAAAUUCUUCAAAUUCAGUCCUCGACACGGCCGGCCAGGAGGAGUUCUCAACAAUGCGUGAGCAAUAUCUACGCACCGGCAACGGAUUUCUCAUCGUCUUUGCCGUCACCGACAGGAAUAGGUUACUUUUUUCAUGGUUUUCCGAGUUUCCUGUUUGAUUUAAAGAAAAAUAACUUUCAAGAAGUUUUCUAUAAAAUAGUUAAAAAUUAUAAAGUAUAAGGAGAAGCAGUUAUGCCGGGGAUAAUGUAGUUAUACAAUUUUUUAUUUUUUAAGGAUUUUUUAAAUUGUAUUCAGGUUUUUUCCUAAUUAUCAAGCCUUUGGAAAACACGAUUUUCCAUGCAAUAAUUGACUCUAACCGUAUCAAAAACCUUAUUUUUUUCUGUUAGUCCUUAAAAUUUUUUGGCUCAGAAUCUCAAUUUUCAAGUCCCAAAAGCAUGUAGAAGAACGAUUUCGAUUUUUUUUUUUUGACUUUUUUUAUCAGUUGUAAUUUCCAAGCCCACAUACUGGAAGAAGAAAUGGCGUCAUGUAGGGAAUCUUCCUUGGAAGUCGAAAAACGUCUAGUUAGUAAUAAAUCCUUUUUUUAAACAUUUUUUAUCAUUUUGAUUCUUUAUUUUCAAGCCCAAGAAGCUGUUAAUAGUCGAUUCUGAUCUUCAGAAAGCCAAUUUUCAGUUCAAAACCUCAAAAAUACUUUUUAGACACUUCCUAAGCCCUUAUUUCCAAGACCAGGAAGCUGAAAAAAAGAAUAACUUGAUUUUUGAUUUUCUGUCAGCUUCAAUUUCCAAGACCAAGAAGCUGUAAGAAGGAAAAGCUUGGUCCGAUUAUAACCGUCAACCCUCUCUGAACUUAUAUCCUCAUUUUAAGCCCCCAUUCCCAAGCCUGAAAGAAGUAAAAGCUUGGCGCAAGCCGGCUGUUUGCUUGUUUGUGAGCCGCAGGAGGUCUGACGUACCUUUAGAAAGGAACGGACGUUCCGAGGAGGAGGAGGAGGUUAUUUUGUCUCCUUCGAGCUUCGAGGAGGCCUCCCGUCGGUUUUCAAGUGACCAUUCAGCUUCUUUCGACACACACACACGUACACUCUUGCAGUGCGGAAUGAGCCUCACGUUUUUGGCUCAGCAGGGGAAAAGAAGGACAUUUUGAGGGGGAUUUCGGAUGGAAAAUUUUAGAAUUUUUUUGGCUUUUUUUGAAGGAAAUUUUCUGUUUCUUAUUGUCUUUUUUGGAAUUUUCGAAAUUUCUCAGGAAGUCUUGAGGUCCAAGAAAAAAACCUAAAAAUAUGAAAUUUUGAACCUUCGAGAGAAAAAUCCUGGUUGGACUUAUGAAAAUGUUAUCUUUCCACUAUGAAAGUUGAACUGAGAAAGCUUAAAAAAUUUUCAUUGGUCGCAUUUGGAAUGGUUCAACGCGUCGCGGUUGCGUUGCGGUUGGUAUCCCUCACAACUUGGAGGAGAUCUUUUAAGUUGUCACAAUUCAAAGGCCUUGAAGUGAUUUUUCAACGAAAAAGACCUAAGAAUUUGAAAUUUUCAAUCUUUUCAAAGAAAAAUCCUGCUUGCCUCAAUUUUCGCACUCUGAAAGUUGAAGUGAUCCAAAAAAGCUCCAGAAAUUUGAAAAUUUUUUCAAUGGCCGCACUUAGACUGAUUGAAUGCGUCGCAGUUGCGUUGCGGUUAGAACCUACAAACACAGCCUAGAAGCACGCUCUAACGCUUUUUCUGUGCCCCUUGCGCGCAAGUAGGUUCAGGUCGGGCGCGCUUCGAGAACCGCCAUGAGGGACCGCGUCGCUUCGAGUCAUUCCAAUUGCGGCUUUUUUGAGCUCAUUUGAUUUUUUGGCUACAUUUUCAAAAUAUAUAGUUAUACUGCUGAAUCUUCAGGACAUAUUAUAAGAAAAUUUUUAAAUAGGUUUUUUUCUGUUCAAUUUCGUAGAAAAACGGAAAUUUGAGCAUUUUUUUCCAAGCCCAUUUUUCAUUCUCCACGAACAGGAAAGUAAACAUUUCCGCAAAAAUGCUCAAUUUUUCAGUUUUCUUUCCAUUGGUUGGCUUUUUUUCAGAAGGAAUAAAUAUAUAAAUAAAUAAAUAGGAGCCCAUUCUGAGGCCAAUAAACUGGAGCCAAUUGAAUGAAUCAUUUAUUAUUGACUUCUUUUCUUCUUUCUUUUUGGUUUUGGGUCGAACUCCGGUUAGAAUUGGGAAUGAAGUCUGAAAUACGGUUGUUGGAGGAAAAUUGAGAGUUAGAGAUUGAGGAAAGUUGCGAGAUUUAGAGAAAAAGAUAAUUUUUGCAGUCUGCUCCCUCCAUUUUCCACACAGUCUUUAGCUUAUUCCUAAAUGCAUUUCUGAAAGAAGUUUUAGGAGGUAGAUCAUAGGAAAAGUGAGAGACAGAGAAAAAAAAGAUCAUUUAGCAGUCUGCUUUUUCCAUUUUCUCCACAGUCUCUAGUUUAUUUUUUUUUUUCUCUCUGUUUUUGAGUCCAGACCAGUUAUAGUGUUAAAUAAAAUCACAAAGGCAUUUAUGGAAGAAUUUUCAGACGGUAGGUUAUAGGAAAUGUGAGAGACUUAGAAAGAAAAAGAUGAUUUUUGCUGUCUGCUCUCUCCAUUUUCCCCACAGUCUCUAGUUUAUUUAUGUGUUCCCUUGGUUUGAAGUCAAGCCCAAUUGGAGUUCCAAAUAAACUCAAAAAUGCACUUCUGGAAGAAAUUUCAGGAGGUAGAUCAUAGGAAAACCAUGGAAAACUUAAGAGAGUUAGAGAAAAAGAGAUGGUUUUUAGCAGUCUGCUCCCUCCAUUUUCUCCAUGGUCUCUAGUUUUUCUUUUUUCUCUUUUUUUAUGAGUCGAGCAAUGCUUUGGGUUAAAAAUAAAUCCAAAAAUGCGUUUCUGGGAUCAGGUGGUAGAUGAGAGUGAGAGAUUUGGAGAAAAUGAUAAUUUUUGCAGUCUGCUCUCUCCAUUUUCCCCACACUCUCUGCUUAAUAUUAACUCUUUUUGCAGUUUCGAGGAGGUAAAGAAGCUCCACGAGCUCAUUUGCCGGAUCAAGGAUCGGGACGAUUUUCCGAUUCUGCUCGUCGGCAACAAGGCCGACCUGGAGAACGAGCGACAUGUGAGGAUUUUUUAUCGAUUUUCUCGGUUUUUUAUAUCCAUUUCUUCAAGACAAGCUUCAAUAAUAUAAAAAUAUCCGUCGAAAUUUUUAAUCAAAUAGUCGAAAAAGACGUAUAUUUUCUUAACGAGACUCCAAGUUACACAGCUCAUUUUUGUCAAACAAGACUCCAAAUGACGUUUUUUUAAAAGAUUCUAUGACACAAUUAUUGAUGGGAAGUGAUGCCAAAAAUUUUUUUAUUUAUUUUGAACGAUACUCCAAAUGACGCUGCUUUCAAGUGUAUUCUGACCAUAACUUCUAUUUUUCCGAACGACGCUCCAGAUAACGCUUAACUUGAUGAUUUUUUGGAGAAACUUUGUAGUUUCACUGUUUUAUGAAACGAUGCUCCAAGUGACGCAGGCAUUUUUUUAGGUCUAUUUUUUUUAAUUUUUGACGAUUCUUGGUGAUCAGCUUUGCAUUACGAAAUUAGUAUGACUACAAAUUUUUCAAACGAGGCUCCAACUUACGCUCAAUUUGAUGAUUUUUAGGAGAAAUUCUGUAGUUUCAUUUUUUCAUAACGAUGCUCCAAAUGACGCAGGAUUUUUUUAGGUCCAUUUUUUUAACUUUUGACGAUUCUUGGUGAUCAGCUUUGCAUUACAAAAAUUUUUUUCUGACUGUAAUUUUUUUCAAACGAGGCUCCAACUUACACUUAAUUUGAUGAUUUUUUAGGAGAAAUUCUGUAGUUUCACUUUUUUAUAACGAUACUCCAAAUAACGCAUUUUUCUGCUCUUUUUUUAGCUGACGCUGCUUCAAGCAGCUUCUUCCAAUUAGUCUGGUUCAUUUUUUUUCAAACGAUGCUCCAGUUUACGCAUCAUAUGGUUUUUUCGCACUGGAGCGCAUUUGAUACAAACAAUUUUAGCAGCCGAUUUUUCUCACUCAGUGCACUUCCAAUGCUGUCAAAAACGCGCCACCGGCAACAUUUUGACAAAUCUCCGGCAGAAAAAAGGUCUCCCUGGGGAGAUUGAACUUUCAUCGCCUCGAGCCGUUGUUUUUCUUCCCCCACCGAGUCUUUGAUUUCACUCGGCAUCUGCGGCGUUUUCGCGCAUUUGCGCCCCACUGAAGAGGGGGAAAAUCCCCGUGGGAGCCGUUUCUUCCCCCCGUCUCAUGGCAAACACUUGUUUGAAAACUCCUUUUUUUUAUUCGUUUUUUUUCAGAAAUGCGGGACUUGUUGAAGAAAUUUAUAUUGGGAAGGGGUGUAAUGAGGUGCGUCGUUUGGAGAAAUUGUGUUUUCCCAAUAUUUAAGGAGGAAAAAUCGAAGAAAGCUUCAUUAGGCAUACGCGUAAUUUGGAGCGUCGUUUUAAUAAAAACUGUGUUGUUAUCACUACUCGGAGAAGAAAAAGUCAAGGAGCUUUUUUAGGCGUCAUUUGGAACGUCGUUUGAGAAAAUACAUCACGGAGCAUUGUUCUCAAGUUAAACUUAUAUUUAAUGAUAAUAUAGGCGAAAAAAACUAGUUCAAUAAAAACAGCGUCUUCUGGAGCUUCGUAAAAAAAAUAUGAUCAGAAGAGACGUCAUUUGGAGUUUCGUUAAACGAAAAAAAAGAGCCAUCAUUUGGAGCUUCGUUAAACGAAAAACAAGGGCCGUCAUUUGGAGUUUUGUUAAACUAAAAAGAAGAACCGUAAUUUGGAGUGUCGUUAAACGAAAAACAAGAGCCGUCUUUUGGAGCUUCGUUUAACGAAAAAAAGCGCCGUCAUUUGGAAAUUCGUUAAGCAAAAAGAAAUCCUCAAUUGAAAACAUGGAAUUCCGCGUAAACUGGAGCGUCGUUUGAAAUUUUUAAAAAAAUUACGUUUUUUUCCAAUUUUUCUUGCAAGUAGUCAUUUAGUACUGUCAUAACAUCAUCAUAUUGGUCGGAAGUUCUAACUUCAAAAAUAAAAAGUUUGGCCUUUUUGAAGUCUUCUAACCUCAUAGAAAAAGAAAACCUCCUCAAAAAGUUCCAAUCCUUCGGUCGAUCGGCAAGUUGGAGUGUUUGCCAACGACGGAUUGAAUGGAUGGUUACAAUAGGUGGAGGAUGGAAAAAGAGAGACGGAAAAAGGAAAAAAUUGGCCGCCGAGGCCGCCAAUUUUCAGUUUUCUCCGCCACCACCUUGGUUAUUGACUGUUUUUGGUAGAAUACGAUUUCCUGAGAAUAUUUUCUUACUUUCCAACCUCAAAAAAAUACCUUGAAUUUUUCUUGACACAGAAAAGAACCACUGUUUUCGGAAUAAAAAGCAAAAAAAUUAUUCUUUUUGGAACACAUUUCUUGGAUUUGCUGACAAAUUUUAGGAAAUAAAAUGAAAUGUCCUCCCUUCUAAGUAACGAGAAAAACACAUUAAUCACUUACAUAGGCAAAGUCGUAAAGAGUAGAAAAAGGCUUCAUAGAAAAUUUCCUUUAAGGGUGAUGAAGCCUCCUUUUUGCUGCCUUUUGCUCCAUUUUUGCUGUUUCUCCCUUUUUUCACCGUUUCUCGAGUCUUUGAAAUUCCAGGAAAAUUGGAAGGCUUGAUAAUGGGACAUUAAGUGCUUUCUUUUUGUGGUCUUUUUGAGCCUCUCCCUUUCAGCGGCCAUUAUCCACCAUUCCGACUUUUCCCGAGUAGAUAGUUUCAAUGUUUUCUGUACAUUUUAAGCGUUUGAAACUUCACGAGCUUCUUCUUAAGCAGAGACGUUGAUUACCGAGCGAAAAUCAAAAAAUUGAAAGAUGAAGUUCUUUUUGGGAUCCCUCCUUUCUUUUUUUUUUCACCUUUUUGACUUCUCCUUCUUUAUAAUCUUUAUUGUAUAUAAAAGUUUCAGCAGUUGCUAUUUUCAGGUGGCUCGCCACGAGGCGGAAGAACUGGCGCGAAGCCUGGCCGUCCCUUAUUUCGAAUGCUCGGCGAAGCUUCGGCGGAACGUCGACGAGGCCUUCUACGAGAUCGUCCGGCUCGUUAGGUUCGUUUGGGAAGGAAAAAAAAUCUGAUGAAAAUUGAGGAAAAAAAUUUAUUCUGAUUUUUGAGCUCAAAGAGCAUUAUUUUUUUCAAGUUGUACUUAUUUUUUUUAGAGCCCCCUCAAGUCCAGACGACAUACAAGAUUUCUAGUCCGAGAAAGCAUAGAUCUGAUUAGGUUUUGAAGAAAAAAUAAAAAAAUUACAAAAAAAUUUAGUUCAUCCGGUUUUUGAGCCAAGAUAAUCCAGAAUUCUUUUGAGUUAUACCAAUUUUUAAUCCGUUUUUCAAAAAUAAAAUUUCGGAGCUUACAAAGGGUAGUUCUGGUUAGGUUUUUUUGAACGUAAAUCAAAAAUUUGUCAAAAAAAGACUCGGAAAAAAAUUCAAAAACCCCACUUUCUUCCGUUUUUUUCAAUUCUUUUGUUCGUCCCCCUGCCCUCGAAAUCUAGACCUCGCCGAUCUUUAGCUCAAGAAAAACGUAAAUCAUGAAAUUAUCCACAAAUCCUAGUUUCUUCCAAUUUUGAGCUCAAAAAAAGCCUCAUUUUCCAAGUUUGGCCGUUUUUCUCCCAGAAAAUCGCAACAUUUUCUGGAUCGCGUGUCGACUGACUCAUUUCCUUUAUGCCCAAACUUGGCCGGAACACGCGUGAUUGGUUUCAGAGAGAUUCUAGGAAAAAAAAGUAGUUUAGUUUCUCGAGGGAUCAAAAAGUCGGAAAAAGGGGUAAAAAAUUCGAUUUUUAGCCCAUUUUCCUGUUUCUUCGCCGAUUCUUUCGUUUCAAAUUUGAUUCUUUAUGUUUUUCAUUUUGUCUUUUUAAAAAAUACGAAAUCCUGUUUUGAAAAGUUGAAAGAGUCUGACUUCUCUAAACCCUCUUCAUCUCCGACUCUCUCGUUUUUACUUCCAGCUUUUAUUUUUAGAGAGAAGAGGGCACAGACAGGUCAGACUAGUGUCGAAAAGCGAUUUUUGGAAUUUUCAAAGGGAAUAAUAAUUCACAAAAUCAUUUUUCUCACCUCGUCCGACUUUCAAAAUUUAAGAAAAAAAUUUUCGCGUCGAAGAUAUUUUUUAAAGUUCCCCCAUGCUCCUUUAAUAACCCCUAACCUUUUUCGAAUUCUGAAACAUAAUAAAAUAUUCGCAUCAAAAGCUUUUUUUCAAGCUUCUCCCAUGCUAUUUUGAUCACCCCACCAGAGUUACACCAGCUUUACUGGUUUCAAAGAACCUGAAAAAAAAAAUCAGCGCGUCAAAAGAUUUUUUGAGCUUCUCCCAUGCUCCUUUAAUAACGUCAAUAAAGUUAUACUAGCUUUUUAACUUCUAAAGCUUGACAAAAAAUCAGAGUCUCAAUAGUUAUUUUUCAAGUUCCCCUAUGCUCCUUCAAUAACCCUAGUAAGUUCACACUACUUUUUCUAACUUCUAGAACCUGAAAAAAAAAAUCAGCGCGUCAAAUUUAUCCUCCAAGAUUCCCCUAUGCUCCUUUAAUAACGCCAAUAAAGUUAAACUAGCUUUUCCUAACUUCUAGAGCUUGAAAAAAAAAUCAGCGUGUGAAUAGUUAAUUUUCAAGUUCCCCUAUGCUCCUUUAAUAACACUAAUAAAGUAGCUUUUUCUAGCUUCUAGAACCUGACGAAAAUCAGCGCGUCAACAACUCUGCUGAGCUCCUCCCAUGCUCCUUUAAUAACGCCAAUAAAGCUACACUACCUUUUUUUAACUUCUAGAGCUUGAAAAAAAAUCAGCGCGUCAAAAGCUUUUUUGAGCCACUCCCAUGCUCCUUUAAUCACCACAGUAAGCUUCUGUGAAAGACCAAUAGCCAAAAAAAAAAAAUGUAUUGUUAAGUCAUGCUCCUGCACGAGAGUUAAGCUUCGACGAAAAGAAGACGCAAAUAAACGAGAAACCUAAUACGAGGCCACACACACACACAAACACAACACACGCAGCCAGCAAAACCAAAACGCAACAAAACUUGAAAUGGAUACAAGCCAAUCAGGCGCAUUUUCCCCUCCGAAGCCGUGCUACUUUUAAGGGAGACGAAAAAAAAGAAUGACCUUUCAGGAAAGCCCGAGUGUUCCUUAGAGUGGCAACAGUGAAGGCCCUUGAAGAGUUCCCUUUAGGGACUACUUGCUUACCUAUAUAGGGGCACUGAAGCUUGCAGAAGUGGCUCCCUAUGCACUUUUUUACCUUUCAAAUAGAAGCCGAAAGUUGAAAAAUCCUUAUAGGGGCGACUUGAGGUUUAGGAGCUUGGAGGUCCGAUCGUAAACCCCCAGAGGGACCACCUAGAGUUCAGCCCGCCAGGAAGCACUUGUCCCCUAUAGUGCCUUUUUUCCUAACCCUUCCAGGGACCACUCUGGGGUCCCCAAGAAACUUGGAUCACAAUUCCAAGGCUUGAAGAAGUCCCUUAAGUGACCGUUAAGAGAAAAAAGAGCGCAGACACGCGUAUAUAGUUUGAUCUGGAUAUUUUUCACCUAAAAAGCUCGAAUUAAGUUCAAACUACAAGAAUAGUGAAAGUGUAGACACAGGCCCAGGUGAAAAAGGAAAACCCAAGCUUUCAAGAAAUUGAAUAAUCGGGUCCUUCCCCAAGUUCUUGUGUCACCUUUCGUUUAUUGAUUUUUCAUGGGCUGCAAUUCUUUUUGAAUGAAAUGAUGAUUAUUUUUCAGGAAAUUCAUGCACGACGAGCGGAUGCCCAAUGGAACGACGACCACCGACGAGCGGCGAAUCGAAUCGCCGGCCAAGUUGAAAAAGAAGAAGAACUGCCGGAUACAGUAG